GCUCCCGGCGGCGUGUUCCUCUUUUCCCGGGAUCCCAGCGUCCCAGCAGGUGAACCCCGGCUAUUCACAGUCAGCCUCCGGCUCCGGCUCGCGCUGUGCUCCGGUCCCUCGCUCCGCAGUCCCCCAGCUUCCGGGGCCGCUGCUCUGGCCCGCACGCCUCCGCCGGCGACAGACCCAUGGCCGAGCGCGGGGAACUCGAUCUGACAGGCGCCAAGCAGAACACCGGAGUGUGGCUGGUCAAGGUUCCUAAAUAUUUGUCACAGCAAUGGACUAAAGCCCCUGGAAGAGGUGAAGUUGGGAAACUGCGGAUUGCCAAAAAUCAAGGAAGGACCGAGGUGUCAUUUACUUUGAAUGAGGACCUUGCAAACAUUCAUGAUAUUGGCGGGAAACCAGCUUCAGUCAGUGCUCCUAGAGAACAUCCAUUUCUCUUGCAAAGUGUUGGAGGACAGACAUUAACGGUGUUUACCGAGAGCUCAUCAGAUAAGCUUUCACUGGAAGGAAUAGUGGUACAAAGAGCUGAAUGCCGACCUGCUGCCAGUGAAAACUACAUGAGAUUAAAGAGAUUACAAAUAGAAGAAUCUUCCAAACCUGUGAGGCUGUCACAGCAACUAGACAAAGUUGUGACAACCAAUUACAAACCUGUUGCUAAUCAUCAAUACAAUAUUGAAUAUGAAAGGAAAAAGAAAGAAGAUGGGAAACGAGCUCGAGCUGAUAAACAACACGUUUUAGACAUGUUGUUUUCGGCCUUUGAGAAGCAUCAAUAUUAUAAUCUUAAGGACUUGGUGGACAUCACAAAACAGCCUGUGUCGUACCUGAAGGAAAUCUUAAAAGAAAUUGGUAUUCAAAAUGUAAAAGGGAUCCACAAAAACACGUGGGAGCUGAAGCCAGAGUACAGACAUUAUCAAGUAGAAGAAAAGAGUGAUUAAGAAGACUCGAAGCCUGCCUGCUAACAGAACAACUAAAGGGUGAUGCGCUAAGCAAACGGCCUUGAUACGUGAAAUCCUUGAGCACCAUCUGUUAUAGGGGGAAUAUGACUGGUACUUUAAUUUCUCUAGGUAAAUUUUUUAAACAAUAAUUCUUGUCAAGUUGCUUAAGUGAUUUUUGAGGAAAAAGAACACAUUUAUUUAUAUACUUAAUCAGAUUAUUCAUGAUGUGGUUGGGGGUUGAAGAAGGCUUUUCUUUUUAAAUAUUAACUUUUAAAAUGUAAAAUUAGGAAAUGUUUUCUAAAUGAGGACUCCCUGUACUUGUUUCUCUCUGAGGAGCUGAGGUAAUACAGAUCCAAACCGAAUGGCAUAGCAGGGAAAAAGUAGUCAACUACAGAAACUCUCAAAAGGAAUUAAAAAGAGUUCCUUCGUCUGAAA